CCACAAUAUUCUUUUUCCUAAGUCACAAACAAAAAAUUUCAAUCCAUCCACUCUCGUGUGCACACGUGUCAUCCUCCUCCACCAUCAUUUAGAUCAGCAUCAUCCAAUCCAAGAACCUCAAAAUAUCAACACCUCUGUUUACACCUUAUAGAGCUGAAGGCCACCAUUAUCAAACCAAAGACUUGAAAAUUUGCCCAAUUCAAGAAAUUCCAAACUAAGGAAGAAAAGGAAAAAUGACAGUUGCUUUGUUUGAGAGUAGCUUUCUCUCAAACCCAAUUACCUCCACUCUCAAACCCCGAACAAGAGCCUUUCCAGUUCCUGUAAAACCCCAUUUCAUAUCUUGCAGCCACAGCCCAGAUGAAGUCGAUGGUGAUUCAUCAUCAAGAAAAAACUGCAAUCAUCUAGCGAAGGUGGCUUUAGUUGCGGUGGCAGCUGGGGUGUUGGCACUGGGCUCCGUUGAUCCAGCUGCCGCCGCCAAGAGUGGCGGAAGAGUUGGCGGCCAGUCUUUCCGGUCAUCCGCGCCUCGCUCGUCUGGUCCUAGAAUUAACAAUUCAAGGACCAAUGUGUAUAUUAACCCGCCAAUUGCUCCUCCUCUAUUCGGUGGGUAUGGAUAUGGUUAUGGCUGGUCCCCGUUCUCGUUUUUUGCACCGGGACCUGCAGUUGCUGUUGGGGUUGGGGGUGGAUUCGACUUCUUUCUUCUGUUCAUAGUUCUUGGUGCAGUUUCAGCUGUUGUUCGGAAAUUUCUUGGUUCGAGAGAUGAUGAAGAGGAUGAUGAAUUCUGAAAGAAACAUCGUUCGAGCACUUCAUGAUUUGAGAAAAAAAAAAUAUAUAUUAAUUUGGGCCUUUUGGGGUCAGAGAUCUGUAAGUGUAAGGAUAAUUGUGACUAAAAGUUAGUUAUUUUGUGAUUUGUAUACAACAAUACAAAAAUAUUGGGUUUUUUGUAAGAGAACUUUGUCUGGCAUAUGUGUGUGGUAUUCUGUUGAGGAGAUUUGAGGGAUUGGGAUGUAAUAUGAAUAUCUGCUAUCCAACUUUUGGCAAUUGUUUAACUGAUGAAAAUAGGAUUUGUUAUUCGCAAUUUUUAACCGAGAUCUCAUCGAUUGUUACAACGACUUGAGCUCGUUUAUUGUGUCUGUUUUUUCAUCAGUCCGCACCGAUGGCUACUAAUGCUACUCACAUCAAGAAUAGAGCAUUAAAAGAAGACAUAAAAGCACAUAACUAAAAACCAUGGAAAAAUAAAAGAUUUUGAAGCCCCAAAAAAGGACUGGUGUCACAAAGUAAAUGCCAUUGUACUCAUAUAACAUAGCCAAAGAUUAGACAAGGUCCCUUUCCAAAGGGGAUGCUGCUGCUUUUCAUAUGCAUUAGGAAACAAGAGAAAAGAACAAAAUAAACAGAUUCAGGGAAAUUAUACCCACAUUACUGCCUUUCAUUCUGUUAGGAUCAUCAGUAUAUUGUUUAAAAGGCACUCUUUAUGCUCUCUCUAAAUCAUUUUUUUCUCACUUCACAGUGACCAAAAGGAUUUUGAUUUUUGCUUCUUCAAACUGUGUAGUGCUGCUGGAUUGUCUCGAUGUCGAGCCCCUUGAGCUUCACAACUGAUUCUACAUGUCCUUUGAGUGUAUGAAGCUCACGAAGCCUAUAAGAUAUUACGGUACAUCCAUUUUAGCUCUUUUUCACAAAGUCUACAUUGAGAUUAAGGUUAUCUUAAACAAUCCAAUUGGUA